AUGGCUGAUUUAUUUCAUCACAUGGCUAGAAGAAUGCCCAACCCUAAUGAAAUGAACUUUGAGAAAAUGAGAAAAAUGGGCGGAGUUGAGUUUGAAGGCACUGUUGAUCCUACGGAUGCCAAGCAAUGGUUGGAGCGCAUAGAAAGCGUAUUUGAGCAAUUAGAGUGUUUAGACACUGCCAAAUUUAAGUAUGGUGUCUCACUGUUACAAAAUGAUGCCUAUGAUUGGUGGGUAAGUGUACCGAAUGCCAAGGCAAAACCUUCUAUUCUUACUUGGAAUGAUUUUGUGAAAGAAUUUCGUAUGAAGCUUUCUCGUUAUGCUGGUGGUAUUAUUAAUAACGAAAAAGAUAAGUGCAGGCGAUUUGAAGACGGUUUGAAUAAUUCCAUCAGAAAAUUUGUGGCGGUCCAACAACAUGAGGACUUUUGUAAAUUAGUUUCAGCUGCUCUUACUUUGGAAAGGAUCGACAAGGAACAAGCUAGUAGAAAUGAAAACAAGUUCAGAAAAGCUGAUGUAGAUUUAGGAGGUCCAUCUAAAAGGGGAAGGUUUGACAAUUCCAAAGCUGGUAGUGUUCACAAGUCAGCCCGGCAUAAGCAAAAUAGAUCAAAUUUCUCUACUGCUUCCACUCCAAGCUAUGGCCAAGGCAAGACUCGUGUACCCGCUAGUGCACAAUGUGGAAAGAAUCACUAUGGUACUUGCCGAAGAGCUUCUGGUGCUUGUUUUAAUUAUGGAAGCUUCGAUCAUAAAGUGCAGGAUUUUCCUAACCCUAACCCUACUUCUUCUUCGCGUACGGAAGGCUCAGUUCAGAAACCUAUUACCAAUCCUUCUCAAGGGAAUAGAGGUGUAAGAUCUAGAAACAGACAAGCAACAAGUGCCGGUGGAGCCAAUCAAGCUAGUGGGUCAAGAGCUAUAGCAUGA